AUGUCCAAAUACGGCGAUGGCGGCCCGUUCCCCAAUCGUGGCCAGCUAAUAUCGCCACCCAACUCUGGAGGUUCUAAUGGAGGCAUGAACGGCAACGGAACCGGCAUGUACGCGAGAAGUGAGAGUGGAAGGAGCACAAAGGGAGAGGAGACCGAGGCCAUCCUCGGCGAGCACUAUCUUGCUCUGCGCCGGUUUCUCAACGGGCGCAAUGCGAGGGUGACUGGCGCGACCGCGAAAGCGAAGGAUAAGCUUCUUCGUCUGACCGGCGUCCAGUUUGUCGAGUUGAGUACCGACGUAUAUGACGACUCGAUCAGGCAACCUGGCGGGGCCUACGCAUACUCCAUUCCCCAUCCCCUAGCCUCCCCCGGCGAUUUUGGACGUCCACUCCAAAAGCAAUUCCAGAGCAACACUAUAAUACCUAACAAGAGCACCAUGGUGGAGGAAGAUGACGACCCCGCGGAUCGUGAGCCUUUUGCCGCCCUGAGUCGUGCGCCCACCGGUCUGAGUGAUCCUCGGAGCCCGGAUACCCAGGCAAGUCCGGUCCAAUCAGAGUCGGACAAAAGGCUUAUUGAAGACUAUCAACUGCAAGUACAGGAGCUUCGAGAAAAGCUCGACGGCAUGGAGGACUCCCUGAAGAAGAAGGACGAUGAGAUGAACCGAUUCCUUGAUGAUGAACGCUCCCGCGCCAGCGCGAGCAACAUGGAAAAGAAGGAGUGGGACGACCUGAAAUUCAACUUGGAGAAUAAGCUUGCGGAGGCCCAAGACCUAAAUGAUUCGCUACGAGACGAGAUGGAGCGCAUGCGGUCCGAUCAUGCGAGCGAAACCAGGGAGCUCAGAAAUCAAGUCGCCGAUAUGGAGGACCGUGUUGAACAGGAACGUCGAAACGCCGCCGCUUCGAGUAACUCGGGCAACGCCGACCGGGAGCUGCAGCGGGAGAACCAGGAGCUUCAGGAAGCUCUACGGGAGCAGCAGUCCAUCACCGAAGAAGUGCGGCGCAAUGCCCAGGAUGCACUGAGGGAGAUGCGGAUGCUGUCCCAGCAGAGCAGCUCGUCGUACGAGCGCCAGGAAGAAAUGGAAAGGACUGUUGUACAACUCGAGCAGGAUGUGAGGGAAUGGAGGAACCGGUACACUCGAGCCAAGACGCAGCUCCGAAGCAUGCGCGCCUCAUCGCUUGGCCUUCCUGCGGAGAGGGAUGCGACCAAGUACCUCCGAGAGCGCGGGCUCACCGCAGACAACGGACUGAUUAGGGACAUACACGUAACCAAGUUCCAAGUGGCGGUUGACGAGACUUUGCAGCUUGCCCGAACGGAGAUGGCGGAGAAGGUUAUGGAUGCAAUGAAGGCGGUGAUUGUUGGCGUACGCCGAAUCACAAAGGAUAUCGAUGAGACUGGUGCGACAGCGAGGAACGACGACUUUGCGCAACAAAUCUCCAAGACCAAGACUAAGGUGUCUGGAGCGGCGAACGCCUUCAUCACAGCAGCCAAGAAUCACGCCAACUCGGCGGGCAUCUCGCCAGUAUCGAUCCUAGAUGCUUCGGCGUCUCAUCUCGUCGCGGCUGUGGUGGAGCUCCUCCAGAUGGUCAAGAUGCGGCCCACGCCGGCGGGUGAGUUGGAGGAUGAGGAUGACGACGGAAUCGCUCUCGGCACCCGCUCCUCCAUUCCGGGGCCUGGGGGUCGCCUGAGCGUCGACUCGUCGGCGUACAGCCCCGUCAAUUCUCCAAGGGAAUCCAGGGACCAGGCUUUUAGCCGCCCUCCCGCCAAUGGUAUGAAUGGCAACGGCAUGAAUGGUGCGAACGGCAACAACAACUAUUAUGAUACCAACAAGAACCUGCCACUCGAUGACCUCAAGCUCUACCUUGAAGACCAGACCGCGGUCCUCGUGUCCAGCAUCCAGAACCUAGUGGGGUCCAUUCGCGGCAACGCUAGCAUUGAACAGAUCACGGACGAGAUUGGCGCGAUCGACGAGGUUGUGGGCACGGUCAUUGGCGAGACGCAGUCGACUGGCAACGGACAGCUUGUGGAGCGACUUGAAGGCAGCCGCAACAAGCUCGUCAAUGCCAGCAGGCAGGGACAGUCGAUCGCGGCCAAGGGCAAGGGUCCCAGCGACCGUGAAUGGAAGAUGUGGACGCAGAACCUGCCGCCCAUUGCCUUUGAGCUCGCGCGGGAGAUGAAGGACCUGGUGCAACAGGUGGACCAGCUCGCCUACUCGAACGGCAAUGACUUUGCUUGA